CAUAAUUUUAUAUAAUAAUUUUACCACAUCGUAAUCUUUGUGGUUACCAUUAUUAAUUUGUAUUUGUAUUUGUUCUCUCAUUUUAGAUCAAAAUGGCACCAACAGGGAGAGGGAGUCUGUGGGAAGAUGUGGAGACGCUGUGCCUCCUGAAUAUUUGGCGGGAGAAAAACAUUCAAGAACAGAUGGAUGGCACAGUAAGGAACAAAACGGUAUUUCGUAAGAUAUGCCAAUUGAUGAAAGAAAGGGGGUUCGAAAGGGCAGAGGACCAAAUCAAGCGGAAAAUUAAACAACUAAGAGCGUCCUUCCGAAAGACGGAGGACAAUAACAAUCGAUCAGGCAGGGGGAGAAUUACAUGUAAAUUCUAUAGCGAACUGCAGGAGAUCUUUGGGGGCAGACCAGAGACUGCACCAGUUGCCAUUCUGGCGUCGCAACCAGAGGAGGAGGAUCAAUCUGAGUCGCUAGACUCGGUGGACUCUGAUUCACUGCCGAGAGAGGAGGAGGAGGAUGGAGCCGAAGAAGAUAGAAGUAUAACGGAUGAUGAACUGGAGGAAAAUGAUGUGGAAGCACUAACAGAAUUGGUUGGCAAUUUUCCACCGGAGGAUCUAGAGGGACCUUCAACAUCAUCUGCUAAUGGACGUAAGGCAACUGGGGAAAAGCGGAAUAAAUCAAAGCUGCAGGAGUCCUUCGGACUGAUAGCCAAGGAGAUAAAGACACUGGAGGAGGACAGUACAAAUGCCUUCAAUGCUAGGGAGGAUCGGUUCAUGCAGCGCCAAAUGGAGUGGGAGCGUGAGCUCCUAAUGAAGGCACAGCGUACUGAAGAAAAAAAACUAGAGGAGAAGGAGAGGAGGAGAAGAGAAGAGAGGGAGCAUAGAGAGCAAGAAAAAGAACGUGAUAGACAGCAUCAACUCCAAAUGCUUCAGGCCUUAAUGGCUGGUAUGCGGCAGUCGUCAACUUCAAUGUGGCAGCAACAGGGAAACAACUCCCAGUCCGGUCCAGAGCGGUCUCCAAAUUCCUGGCCCUACAAUCACGAUUACACUCCACUGUAAUUGUUACAAACAUAAUGCAUUCUUCAAGUGGAGGAGUGUGUGUGUUUGGAAUUCCCACGGUGGUAAACAUGUAUUUGUCAUAUGAGAUGACACUUUUCAGGAUUUUUGUUCAUCACAAUUUCUUUCCUCAGUACUUGUUGCUGCAUAUCAUUCACCUGUACUCUUGCCAUGCUGAAACCCUUGUUUUUACUUAGCCAUCCAUCUCAGUGCUGCCAGAAUCAUUGCCAAGGGCAAGGGAAUUUACAUGUAAAUUGUAGAUGUUAGUACUUUUUGUUCUUAGCACUUAUAGAUUUUUAUAAACAUAUAACUUUGUUUUUAUGUAGUUCUUUUUUACAUCAAGUAACCAUUUACUUGCUAUUGGAACUUUUGUACAUCUGUAUAUAAACAUUCAUUUUUAUUUUUUCUUCUAUUCUAUGCAUAACUUUUGAAUGGACUAUGUUUUAUUGUUGUUCUUAAAUAAGAUCUAUAUCAACCGCUGCCAACCCUCAUUUUGUACCAAUUUGAUAUUGCCAAAGAAAGUUGAGUCACAACUUGAAAGUGUAAAGUAUUAUAUCUUUUUACUGCUCAUUUUUGUCAGUACCUGUUAUCUUGCAAUUACUGUACAUGUAUAAAACAGGUUAUAUACAUAUGCAUUCACACAAAGUUACAAAGUCUAUUUGCUAUUUAAGCACACAUUUCUACAUGUGAACUUUUGUACAUAUACAGUAUAUAUAUAUAAACAUUCCAUUUUUAUUUUGAUCUUCUAUUAUAUACAUACCUUUCAAAUGACUAUGUUUUAUUGUUCUUAAAUAAGAUCUAUAUCAAACGCUGCCAACCCUCAUUUUGUACCAAUGUGAUAUUGCCAAAGAAAGUUGAGUCACAACUUGAAAGUGUAAAGUAUUAUAUUUUUUAACUGUUUGUUUUUGUCAGUACUUGUUAUCUUGCAAUUACAUGUAUAAGAUGGGUUAUAUACAUAUGCAUUCACACAAAGUUUCAAAGUCUAUUUGCUAUUUUAUCACACAUGUCUACAUUUUUGUUUGUCAUCAUUGCAUUUGCAGUACUUUUCAAAAACUUUUCCCCCCUUUUCUUUGUAUUUAUUAAGAAAGAAACUGUAUAUUGGCAAUAAAACGUUACCAAAGUCUGCCUUUCGAUAGUGCCAACUAAUUUAAACUCAGGACAUAAUUGUGGUAUAUUUUAUAACUUUUCAGUUACUAUGUAAAGAAAAUUGCACUUUGUGAAUGCAUUAUGCAAAUAUUGCACUUUUAUGUUUUACUUUUUAUGUACGUGUUCAUUAUUCUCUGAAUAAUAAAUAAUUUGUUUGGUAUA